AACACUGGGCUCUCAUUGCUGGAAGUCGAGGCUGACUCAGUCACAUGACGAGCUGGAGGCAGAGAUCUAGAGAAAAGGCACAGCAUUUCGGCUUGAACCGCCAUACUGUAUUUUGAGCCAUAUCACAUUUUUAUUGCAACAUUUUACUCCCGCUCGGUGAGUACAUUUCCAAUGGCUUUUUUGUAAGCAUUUUUUGUCUUUUUAAUUGCCCCCUUUUUUAUUUUUACUCCUUUUGCUGGUGUUUGAAUUGAGCAUUGACAUGGUGGUUUUGAGCGUUUUUCAAAUCCAGGCUUCAAGUUUUUAGCAUGCAGUUAUUCUGACCGAGAGUGCCAACAGGGUAAUCGGUGCGGUAUCGCUCGAGAGAGAGCCUUUACUUACUUGCUCGAGGGUCGAAACCAAGCAGCUUUUGUCAGUAUUGAGAUUUUUCAAACAAUUUGUUGGUGGUUUUGAAACAUUUUUAUUUUUUGUUUCUGUCGACUUUUGCUGUUGCUAUGCUUUGGUUUGCAUUGUGCAGUGUUGUUUGUUGCCUUCGAGUUUUGUGAUUUUGAUGUGUCGGUGAAUCCCACCGCCCUUGCUUUUACUUUAUUCUUCUUUUCUUAAUAACAAGGAGUCCUUUUUAAACGUUUUGACGUGAUACUUUUCUUGCAGUUGAGCUCUCAGGUUUGUUGUUUUUGUGUUUCUCUCUUUUUUCAAUUUCAUUAUACUUUUGCUGGUGGCAGUGUCAAGUAUUUUUGGAUGCUGGGUGGACGAGGGGAGUUUUGAUUCUUGUGGGAGUUCAAUGCGUUUUUGUUUUCUGUUUCAACGAGGAUGAACAGACAUUUUCCCCUUUGCAGGAGGGCAAGUGGAUGAGAAUGACUGGUAAACUCCAGACCAGCAACGUGACCAACAAGAAUGACCUGCGCUCGCUAAACUCCAGAGUCUUUAUUGGCAAUCUCAACACAGCCAUUGUCAAGAAGACGGACAUAGAGAUCCUCUUUGGCAAGUACGGCAAGAUAGUGGGCUGCUCUGUGCACAAAGGUUACGCCUUCGUACAGUAUUUGAACGAGAGGAACGCACGGGCAGCUGUGUCUGGAGAAAAUGCACGUGUCAUCGCUGGACAGCCUCUUGACAUAAACAUGGCGGGCGAGCCGAAGCCCUACAGGCCCAAAGCAGGCUCCAAGAGGCCGCUCUCAGCUGUUUACAGCGGUUAUGAACUUGAUUACGAGUACUACAGGGAUGACUUCUACAGCAGGCUUUUUGACUACCAUGGCAGAGUGGCCCCCCCACCGAGGGCCGUGAUCCCUGUCAAGCGCUCCAGGGUGCUCGCUCCUUCCUCCCGCCGCGGGAAGACCUCCUUCCCCAUCAAAACAUCCUCCUCUUCUUCCUCCUCAUCCUCCAGACCUCCCACGUCCUCCUCCGGGCUCAAACCAGUGAAGACGGACCAGCUUCAGACUAUAAAGCGGGAGCUCACUCAGAUCAAGUUGAAGAUCGACUCUUUGCUGGGACGCCUGGAGAAGAUCGAAAAGCAGCAGAGAGCCGAGGCUGCUCAGAGAAAGUACGAGGACAACUGCGACUCCCUGCAUGAGGAGUCUGUGUCGGAGACGGCAGAGAACUCUGGGGAGGAGGCGGGCGACGGGGCUCUGGAGAUGGAGGCGGGAGAGAUGACCGAUGGAGGCGAGGACGAGUACGACGAGGAGGGCAACCACCAUCUGAUAGAGAACCAUGUAUCGGAUAUUGACAACUGAGAUCAGGAUGAGGCAGCAGACGUUCCCGGUUGGUGGUAUUAGAAUUCAUCAUCGCCUUCAAGAGACAGAAAAAAGAUUCCUGAGGGAUCAAGACUCUCACACUGGACUGUAAAUGGUAUUCAAGAGAUGCUGAAUCACAUUUAGAUUCCCAACUCUGCGGCACAUAGCGAACGUGAUGUGCUCUCUGAAGAAAAUCUAUUCAAGACUCAUUUUCAUGCAGUGGCCACCUUCAUGGAUAUCCUGUGCGACUUAUAUUUCAUUGCAGGAGGCUGAGAGUAUUAUGCGCUAAUCCUGCUCCUGAAAAAAUAAAUACUAUGGGAAUGUAUAAUAAAAAAAAGGCUUUUUAUUCAGAUUUGCAAAUUGAAUUACGUGGAGCGGAAGGGAAUUGUUGAUUUACCAUAUGAAAUGUGUUUGCAAUGUCAUUUCACAAACUGUAUUUCAAAGGAUAUUUGCUCGAAGAUCAAAUUAAUAGAACAAUCGGCGACCGCAGUAUGAUAUCCACAAAACUAAUGAAACAUCGGUGCCGUCUGGGUCUGCUUUUUCCUCGUGUAUAAGCCAUGAGCUACGAGCAUAACUUUAUCCAGCUUAUCCAUUUAUCACACAAAUACCCUGUGGGGCUGUUCCAUCAUAUAUUCCAACUCCUGCCAACUUUCAAAGCAGACAUUUCCUAGAAUGGUAGAGAGCCAACACUGGCACAGGCGUCCUGCCAACACUGGCACAGGCGUCCUGCCAGGGAGCAAUGCCCCAACGUCUCAAAGCGCUCCUCCCUGUUCAGCCUAUGCAUCCCAACAUGCACUGCUGCUGUUCAGGAGCCAAGGCCCUUUCUCAUUCUCCUCUACUACCCCCCUGCAUUUUGAUUUGAUUCUGCUCAGGCGAAAGUGCAAGCUGAGGUUUUUUUUAAUGAUAUAUCAAGACUCCUUUUAGAAGUAUGUGAUCUGUCUUUUGGAUCGGUUAGAUUUGGAAUACAUCUGUUAUGAUACACUGGCCUUAAAAACCUAAACAAGUAGUGAGACAAUACAAUCCAUUAAUCUAUUAAUAAAAUACCUAAAAUGGAAGAUAAUCUGGCCAGCAUUGGGUGAUUUGUCCACUCACUUUGUGCAGUUUACUUCAUUAUAUCUGCCAAUUUAUUCAGAAUCCGAAUCAGAAAUUCAUUAUUAGUCCCACGGUGGGGAAAUGUACAUUGUUAUUGCAAAAGUAGGAUUAGUUGUUGUGUUGUUGCCAUGCGGAGCAGCUUCAGUUAAGUGAUUUUAAUCAACCUGAUUAUCAACAAACUGCUGCAAAUUGAAAUCUGUCACCAGUGAGUGGAUAUCUUCAUGUUCUACUGUUAAUCAUUUGCAGCAGGUUUGCCCAAUUUAUUUCCAGUUUGCAAAAAAGUAAAUUGACAAACAACACUGACAAAGGCAUGUGUCUCGUCUUAAGCCUUCAGUUAAAGGUAUUUGCAGAAGGAGGUAGAUGCACCAGGUGUGCUAGCUGAUCGCACAAUGGCAUCAAUAAGUGUGAUGAUGUGUAUCAGCCAAUCAGCUGGCACACCUGGUAUACUGUCAGUUAGCUAUGGGUUGUAAGAAAAGGCUAGUGGGCUGAAACAUUAAUCACAGCUGUUAAUUAUACAGCGUCUUAUUAAACGCUCAUUAACCUCCAUCAUUGUCCUUAAACUCACUGCAGCUGAGUAACAGCUCUACUUCUCUCUGCUCCUAUAACUUCACGGUUAAAAUCUUCCUCCUUAAGGUUUUUUUUCAAGACCAACAUGGCUAUUGUCUAUUAGAGGAGAUAACUGUGGUUCUUUUUGCGCUUUAAACACUUGCACUUGAUGCAUAAAAACACAUUUUGAGAAAUUCAACAGCAAUGUUACUUUUUGAUUCAAUGUCCUAUUUAUCCUUAUGAAAACAUGAGAAUACUAACCUUGUUAAGGGGGGUUUAAAUGUAAUUGCUCAAUGUUUUGAACCACAAAACACCUUUGAACUAUGGCCGCACAACCUGAGAAAAGAAAAUCAAAAUACCGGGGGGUUUUGGUAUUACUGACCCUUCUUAACAGAGAAUGAAUUAAAUGUGAAGGAACGGUCGUCGCCUUGCACAACUUCAUAAACAGUCAAACCUGGCAGUGCUGCCUGAAAAAAAAAACAUAAAAUAAAAUGUCUGUCCUGCAGCUCAUUCAAAAUAAAUGUCUGGUGAAUGAUGAUAAUGUGUAAUAUUUAGCACUAUUUUUGUAUCCAAAGACAUGUCUAAGGGAAAUGGCUCUGCUACAUGUUUAUCUUUUUUGCUGGUAGCCUGUUAUUUACUGAGCAGUAUGGUGAUGUGUCAAAUAUUUUGCAAAAAUGCUUCAAAAAAUAAAUAAAAACCUCAUUGCUUUUAACUGUUGGAAAUUAUCUGGGUCACUUUAAAACAUUUCUGGCUCAACCAUCUUUAAGUUUACCCUGUAUAUAGUCCUUCUUGUUAUUAUUUCAAAUAAAUGAAAAAAAAAACUUUUAUUGAGUUUAAAAUAAUACUGAAAUGAUAUACUGACAGUUUGUUGGAGUGGUUGCAGGUUUUACCCAGAAUCAUGGGGCUUGUAGAGAUAGUGUAACUGACAACUGUUGUAUAGAAAUGUACAUUUUUUGUAAAGAUAUUUUUAUCAAAAGGCAUGUUUACUGUAACUUUGUAUGUUCAGUUCAUGUAUUUAAAAAAAAAACAGCAUAAUUAAACUGUUGUACGGCUAUAAAAGUCCCUGUCAUUGUAGAUAACUAUUUGUGUUCUUUCAGUCAAUAAAAUGUUUGUGUCAUAUAA